UAUUACAAGGCCCUUUGAGAUUCUGAGUAAAAGAAAAGAGAACUUGGUGGGAAGCAAGGCAAGAUGCCGAGAAAGAAGGGGUUUCGUAUGCGGCGCACACAAAGAUGCAUCAAAAGUAAGAGCGAUGCUAGUGCAUGUAUAUGUUUAGAAAAAUUGCAGCUUUCUGUUGUAGCUGGGACAGCAGAUGUAAGAGCUUCACCAUUGAGUUGUGAUGCAUUGAUUGGAUGUUGUGCUGUGGCUGCAAUCAAACAUGUGAUUGCUCCAGUGUGUACAUGGGCACAAACAGAUAUUGAUGACAUAUGUGUGGAAGGGAACAAAUUAGCCCAAUAUAUAAUUAAGGCAAGUCAGAAAAGAGAAUGUAAACGGAAAGAGUUGUGUAAGUUGAUUAAACAGCACGAUGUGUUUGGCAGUAAGUGGAAUGUAGAAAUUGGUUUGCCAGUGUACAAAGAUUUUGAAUUGUUAGAAGAGGAGAGCCUAAUGUAUGAAAAACUGCAAGAAUAUUUGUUAAGGGAUGGAAUGUGUCUGCUAAACCUUCACAGUGCAGUUAGUGUCAUUAUUCAUCACAACAAUUAUUUUGUGGUGGUUGAUUUUGGUACACGCGAUAUGUUUGGGUUGGCAUCUGAUAUUGGCACGUCUGUGGUUGUUUUCAAUACAUGUCUUAAUGAUCUGAUGGUUCACAUCAGGAAUCUAAGGAACUCUUUAGAUGCACAGUGGUAUGCCGUUAGUAGCAUUUCUGUGAAGACAGGUCAAGAAGAUCAUGCUUGUGGUACAGAGUUUCCAGACAGCGAUGUUGACAUCAAAGGUGUUGAUGAGUUUGACAAUAUAGGCACUGAAGUUGUAGCUGAGUUUGAGGAUAGCACUUCUGUCAGACUUAAAAACAUUGUAAGAGGAUCAUUUCACCAGGGGAAUGACCAGUUUAAAUAUCGAGGAGUUCAAUGUAUGGCAAUAGCUUUGGUAAGCCUAGCAAAGCAUACAGUUAAUAGUGCAUUCUCAUGGCAGACAAAAGACCUUGACAGAGUUGUUGUUUUAGGUGACGAGUUGUACACAGCUUUGCGAGACGCUAACAGGAUUAGACACUCAUCCAAUCUGUUGGGCAUUCCUGAUUUGCCAAAACAAUCAGUUAUUGAUGGAGAAAAUUUUUUGUUUGAAUAUGGUGACUUUGUCAGUGGUGAUAUAGAUGUAGUUGAUAGUGAAUUUAUUGAGAGUGGUGUCUGCAGUAGUCUUUCAGUUGGACUGGAGAAAAUGUUGGUGCAGUAUGACACAUGUCUUUUAACAUUGUGUAACAGUACAUGUGCAAUCAUUUCUCACAAUGGACACUAUGCACUGAUUGACUCUCAUGCACGAAGUGCUCUUGGCAUGGUUGAUGGAAAUGGAAGAAGUGUUGUUGUAUAUUUUUCUUCUCUUAAAGAGUUGUUCAAUCACAUUAGCCUUUUAGCUAAAGGGCUCAGUAAGAAGCAAAAACUUUUUGAAAUAGCUGGCAUCUGUGUCACUAUUACAAAUGUGAAACUUACACAGGAAAAUACAUCAAAAAUCAAAAAUGAGAAACAUACAAAGUGUGUAAGACUGGCAGAGAGCUAUAAAGACUCUGACGAGACAUUUGAAAUUGAGCUUGAUGAGGAUUCCGCAAAAGAUCUGCCAGCAAAUGAUGCAAGAACCAAGUGUAAUAUUUCAGUAAGUAAUUGUCCUUCAAAGAAACUAAAAAGAUAUGAUGUUUUUGAAGUUAAUUCAGAUGUUGAGUUUGUUAGUGAUGUAAAAAAGAAAAACAUGAUAUUUAGUCCUAUUUGUAAGCAUGUUUGUCAAACUUUGUGUACUCAUUUAAAGGUGGAUUUUGAAAAACUAAAUGUUCCAGUAUUUACACACGUUGGCUCGUUAGGAGUUCCAUGCAAAAAUGACAGUAUAGUAGCUGAUGGGAACUGUUUCUUUCGAGCCAUCUCUCAAGCUGUAAGUGGCACACAAAAGUAUCAUAGAAAAAUACGACUUGCUGUUGUGCAACAUUUGGAAGAGAAUAGUGAAAAAUAUCGAACAAUUUUGAGAAGAGAGUAUUCCUCAGUAUCAGAAUACAUUAACAAGUCUAAAAUGAAAUAUGUUAAUAGCUGGGCGACGGAAGUUGAAAUACAAGCAACAGCAGAUUAUUUAGGAAUUGAUGUUUUUACAUUUUAUGAUGGUCGUUGGUUAAAAUACAGUUGCAAUGGUGCACUUUUGUCAAAACACAGCAUCUACUUAGAAAACUGUCAUGAAAACCAUUAUGAGACUGUAGUUUGUGUUAAUGAGCCUGAACUACACAGUUGUUAUGGCUACUGUAAAAUCAGUACAUCUUUCAUUGAAGGAUACAACAUUAGAGCAAAUAUUGAAAAAGAAAAUAAUGUUCAAGGUUUGGAAAACAAGAAACAUCUCAUUACUAAGGAAAUGCACCAUAGUGUGUUAAAAACAAUGCAUAAUGACACAUGUUGUGCAGCAAUAAUGGUAAGAGAUCCAGAUGUUGAAGUUGUGGAAAAUAUAGAUCAGAUGACAUUCACAUAUAGUCCUCUAUCUAUGGUAGUUGCACAAACAUUAUGUAAUAAAUUUAAUUUGAAUUUUGAAAGAGAAAAUAUACAAGAACCCACUGUUUAUGGAUCUUUAGGUGUUGUUUGUAAGACGGAAAACGUUGUAAAGGAUGGCAAUAGUUUUUUUAGAGCAGUGGCACAAGUAAUUACCGGUUCUGAAAAGAGUCAUCGGAAAAUAAGACUUGCUGUUGUGAAGUAUAUGGAAAAUCACAGUGAAGAACACAUGAAGUUAGUAGCUAAAGAAUUUGCUUCAAUGUCAGAAUAUAUUUCCAAAUCAAAAAUGCAAUAUGUUGGAUAUUGUGCUUCAGACAUAGAAUUUCAAGGUACAGCUAAUGCUUUAGGAGUAGAUCUAUUUAUAUGUACUAAGGGAAAAUGGGUCAAAUACAGUUGCAUGAGUGCAUUGUUGGGAAGUGAUGGAAUAUAUUUAAAACAUUGUGAAAAUAAUAAUUUUGAGCCAGUAAUUUGUGUUCAACAUGUUGAGAAAAAUGUUUGCUUUGAUUUGUGCAAAGUGGGUAAUUUGCCUGAAACACAGUUUAUGAAGUAUCAUGAAAAUGUGUUGCAUAAGGAGAAGGUAAAAUAUAUGAACAAAAGAAAGUAUCAAGAAAAUGUGUUGUAUAAAGAAAAGGUAAAGGAUACAAGCAAAAGAAAGUAUCAAGACAAUGUGUUGCAUAAAGAGAAUGUAAAGGAUAUGAGCAAAAGAAAGUAUCAAGAAAAUAUAUUGCAUAAAGAGAAUGUAAAGGAUAUGAGCAAAAGAAAGUAUCAAGAAAAUGUGUUGCAUAAGGAGAAAGUAAAGAACAUGAGCAAAAGAAAGUAUCAAGAAAAUGUGUUGCAUAAAGAGAAGGUAAAAAACAUGAGUAAAAGAAAUUAUCAAGAAAAUGUUUUGCACAAAAAAAAGGUGAAGGAAAUGAGUAAAAGUAAAUAUAGGUUAAAUCAGCUGCACAGGCAGAAUGUAAAGGCUAUUAGUACAAAAAAGUAUCAUGAAAAUCCUGAGCAUAAGAAACGUGUUAAAGUAGGUAUGCAAUUUAAAAGACAACAAAUCAAAAUUAAAGCAGAACAGUUUGAUUUUGUUAUGCAGCGUUUUUUGGAUUUGGUAAAAGAUGGACCAGAUUUUGUGUGUUGUGUUUGCCAAAGAUUGUUAUUUCGACAUCAGGUUUUAAAUUGUAAUAAAGAUUAUUAUUACAAAAAAACAAUAGCUUUGAAUUUUGAUAAAUGUGUAACUGAAGAAUAUUUACACAAAUGUGAAAAGACCUGUGUAAUGCCAUGUCAGUGGCUGGAUACACCUAGAGGCAAGCUGUGGAUUUGUUACACAUGUCAUUAUAAGAUUAACAAAGGUGAAAUACCACCUGAAUGUGCGAGAAACAAUUUGAAAGUUCAUCCCAUUCCACCAGAAUUGUCAUGUUUGAAUAGCUUGGAGCAACAUUUGAUUGCAUUACAUAUACCGUUUAUGAAAAUGUUAGCAUUACCCAAAGGGGGGCAAAAUGGAGUACAUGGACCCAUAACAUGUGUUCCAGCAAAUAUUGUGCAAACGUCUAACUUGUUGCCUCUUUCUAGUAUGGAAGGAUCUUUGUUGCCUGUAAAAUUGAAGCGUAAGUUAACUUAUAAAGGCCAUUAUAAAUAUCAGUUUGUUGACACUAUACACAUAAGACAAGCAUUAAAAUGUUUAAAACAGAUAAAUGUGCAUUAUAAAGAAAUAGAGUUUAAUGAAGUUUGGCUAAAUGAGUUUUGUAGUGAACAAGAUAAUGACGUUUUAGAAAAAGAGACUGAUGGACAUGCAGAACGAGGUGAAGCAUCUGUAGAGGUUGGUGAAGAUGAACUUUUGCAUGACAGACAGCAACAUUGCAUGUUUCAGGAUACAUGUCUCAUGCCUGUUGACAUUGGUCAGGAAGCGCUAGAUCAGUAUUUUGAUGAUAUAAUGAAUCUGGCACCAGCAGAGGGGAAUAAUCCUGUAAAAUUACUUUCUGACUUUGUUAAUGAAGCCAAAUGCUUCCCAGUGUUAUUUCCACAGGGAUGUAAUACAUACCAUGAAAAUCGAGACAACCGUUUGACAUUGUCAAGAUAUUUUAACAACCGGAUUUUGCAUGCUGAUGGUAGGUUUGCACAAAAUGUAGAAUAUAUAUUUUUUGCUCAGUACAUGUCUGAAAUUGAACAAGUUGUGUCAAGUGUAUCGAUUGCAUUGCGUAAAGGAAAAAGUGGCUCUAUGGUUCAAAAAGUUGAUGAUAAUGUAUUGAACAAUGAGGAAUCUUUAAAGAAACUGUUAGAAUUUGAUGAUGGCUUUCGUUUCCUUAAACCUAUUCGUGGUACCCCAGCUUUUUGGCAGACAGCACAACGUGACCUACUAGCUUGUGUGCGUCAGCUUGGUAUCCCUACUUGGUUCUGUUCAUUUUCUUCCGCUGAUAUGCGAUGGAACAAUCUUCUUUUUAGUAUUUUGAAACAAGAAGGAAGAACAGAGACAAUUGAACAAUUACAAUGGGCAGAUAGGUGUGAGCUAUUGCGCCGCAAUCCUGUCACCGCAGCGAGAAUGUUUGAUUUUCGGUGGCAUUGUUUUUUAAGGGAGGUACUUAUGUCUUCAUCCCAUCCAAUAGGUAAAAUUAAGGACUAUUUUUAUCGUGUUGAAUUUCAGCAACGCGGUUCACCACAUGUCCAUUGCCUGUUCUGGAUUGAGAAUGCCCCGGUAAUUGAUAAAAGUACAGAUGAAGAGGUCAUUCAAUUUAUUGAUAAAUAUGUAACUUGUGAACUACCAUCACAGGAUGACUCAUUAUUGGACAUUGUUACAUCUGUGCAACAGCAUUCAAAACGCCAUUCCAAAACUUGUAAAAAGAAAAAUACUGUUUGUCGUUUUAAUUUUCCCAGGCCAGUAUCUGCUCGAACAUUUAUAUGUCGUGGUAAAAGUGAUGUAAAAAGUCAGUGUAACUGUCAUGCAGAUAAGACUGGUAAUGUAACUAAUGAAUGUGCAUGUGUAAAUCAAGGUCAGACAGAUUUUAAAAUUAAUAGAGAAAAGGCGGGUGAGAUUUUGUCGGCCAUCAAGAAGGCUCUUUCAGAAGAGAAUUGCAAUUAUAACAGUGUGGAACAUUUGUUUAAACAGUUAAGUAUAAAUCAAUCCAUUUUUGAACUUGCAUAUAAAUCCUUUAGUAGAAAUACACAAGUUGUGCUGAAAAGAGAGGUCAAUGAGGUUUGGAUCAAUCAAUAUAGCAAGCCACUGUUAAAAUGUUGGAAUGCAAAUUUAGAUAUCCAGUAUGUUGUUGACGCAUAUGCUUGUGUGGUCUAUAUAAUUUCUUAUAUAUCAAAGUCAGAAAGGGAAAUAGGAUUGUUGUUAAGUAAUGCACAAAGAGAAGCACGUAAAGAGGGAAAUGUUAGUGCAAAAGAGGCACUGAAAAAUCUUGGCAGUGUUUAUUUACAUAACAGAGACGUGUGUGCUCAAGAAUCUGUGUAUAGGUUAACAAAUAUGCAUCUGAAGGAGUGUUCAAGGAAAGUUGUGUUUGUGCCAACAGGAGACAAUAUCAUUAAAAUGAGUCUUCCUUUAAAGGUGUUGAGGCAAAAAGCAACAUCAAAUAACCUUACCACAGAAGUCAUGUGGAUGACUAGUAUUGUAGAUCGCUAUAAGAACAGACCAAAUGAUUUGAACGAUCUGUGUAUGGCAACAUUUGCAUCAGAAUAUCGCAUUUUAAGUAAAAAUGAAAAAUCCAAGAGUCCACUUAAAUUAAACAAUGGUUGUGGUUUUAUCACAAAAAGAACACGAACAAAACCUGCAGUUGCUCGGUAUGUGCGCUUUUCUGAGGAAAAAAAUUCAGAAUUUUUCUAUCAAAGUAUUAUGCAGUUGUUUUUACCAUACCGUGUAGAUAUGCAGCUAAAACCUCUUAACUGUGAAACAUUUGAACAAUUUUACAAGAAUGGUCAUGUAACAUUUAGUGAUGGAUCCAAACAUUCAGUCAAGUCAGUUGUUGAUUUAAAUAGAAAGAAAUUUGAAAUGGAGGAAGAUGAAUUAGAUAAUAUCCCAGAUAAAAUUGACAGUGAUGGUGUAAUAGAAGAUGGAUGGUGUGACCUGUGCCCAGAGCAAGAGUUAGAGCGUUUACUUUGUGCAGAGGAAAUGAAAGACAAAAAACAGCAAGUGGAAGAACAAGAUGAAAAUAUUCCAGAUUUAGCAUCAAGUAAUGCAAAGGUUGCACACUUGGAAAAGAAAAAUAAUGUAAUGUGUAGAAGUGAUGGUUUAGCCUUAAUUAGAUCUUUGAAUAAUACACAGUUAUCUAUUUUUUAUCAGAUUCGACAAUGGUGCUUAAAUAAAAUAAUAGGGAAAAACCCAGAUCCGUUACAUAUAUUUAUUACUGGUGGUGCAGGGACAGGAAAAAGCCAUUUAAUAAAAGCUAUUCAAUAUGAAGCAAUAAGGUUACUAUCAACAGUGUGUCGUCAUCCUGACAAUACAUGUGUUUUAUUAACUGCUCCUACAGGGAUUGCUGCUUAUAAUUUGCAUGGAACAACUAUUCAUCACACAUUUAGCAUUGGAAAAGAUGUUCGCUUACCAUACACACCUUUAGGUGAAGCAAAGCUCAAUUGUUUGCGUGCUAAAUAUAGUGAUCUGCAGAUUUUGAUAAUAGAUGAAAUAUCCAUGGUUGAUCACAACCUAUUAGCAUAUAUUCAUGGUAGGCUAAGACAGAUUAAACAAACUGGUGACUUUUCUCCCUUUGGAAAUGUAAGUGUCAUUGCAGUUGGAGAUUUUUUUCAGUUGCCUCCAGUUAAAGGGAAACCCCUGUAUGUUGAUGACAUACUAGGUAUUAACCUAUGGUCUACUCUAUUUUCAGUUGUGGAACUGAAAAAAAUAGUUAGACAAAAAGAUAAUAUGUUUGCAGAGUUACUAAAUAGAAUACGAAUUCGUACAAAACUGACCCCAAUGUUAAACAGUGACAUUGAUUUAUUGAAAAAUUGUGAAACCGGUGAAGACAGCACAGCUUUACACAUAUUUCCAACUAACAGACAAGUAAAUGAGCAUAAUGUUCAGCAACUAUCUAAAACGUGCCCUGAAUAUGUUGAAAUUGACGCUCAAGAUUUUAUACAUAAUAACAAAACAGGGAAACUUGAAUUGAAAAAUGGUCAUCAUUCCAAAACAUAUAAUACAUGUUUAGAUGAAACACUGCUUUUAGGGAAAGGCGCUCGUGUAAUGCUGUGUAAAAAUGUAGAUGUAAUGGAUGGUCUUGUUAAUGGGGUGUGUGGCACAGUAACACACAUAGUUUUUCCAAACAAUGACAACAAGUUCCCUCAAACAGUGUAUGUAAAAUUUGAUGACAAUCAGGUUGGUGCACAAAGGAGGAAAUGUUCUGCAUAUACUACAGCAGUUGAACUGGACUCUACUGGUAUCAAACCGGAAGAGGAAAGGGUUAAUAAUAAAGGGGGAUUACGACGACAAUUUCCACUAAAACUUGCUUGGGCUUGUACAGUACAUAAAGUACAAGGAAUUACUGUUGAUAAAGCAGUAGUGUGCCUUAAGAGGAUAUUUGCACCUGGACAGGCAUAUGUGGCUUUAAGCCGUGUUAGAAGUUUGUCUGGUUUGAUUAUUCAAGACUUUGAAGAGAAGGCUAUAUAUUGUAAAGACAGCAUUAAGGAUGCAAUUCAAAGCAUGCCCAGAUUUUCUGUUAAAAGUAUAUCAUGCCACAAAGUGAAUAUACAAGCAUUCAGUGUAUUUUUGAUGAAUGUGCAAAAUUUAGGACACCAUUUAGCAGAUUUGGUUUUGCAUACUGAGCAUUUGCAACCUAACUGCAUUGCUGUUACUGAGACUUGGUUACCUGCAGAUAUCUCAUUAGAAACUAUACAUAUUGAUGGUUACAGUUUCAAUAGUCAACCACGAAGUUUAUCUUACAGUAGCAGUAACCCAACAUUAACUGAAUUACAAGCUCAACAACAUGGUGGUGUUGGCAUGUAUACCUCAAACAGUUUGGCAUAUAAUGUUGUCCAGGUACCAAAUUUCAAUUUAGAAUGUUUAAUUUGCAACUAUGCAACACACAAUAUAUUAAUAGCAGUAAUUUAUCGGCCACCAUCAUAUCCCAUUUCUUUGUUUAAAGGAAAUCUUGGCAAAUUGUUAGAUUUUCUAGAACCCCUAAGUAAUACAAUUGCUGUCAUUGGAGAUUUCAAUGAUAAUAUUUUAAGGUCUUCUACAAUCUGCAAGUUUAUAACAGACAGAGGGUUUGUCCAACAUGUCAAACAAACCACAACAGAAAAGGGCACAUUAAUUGAUCAUGUAUAUGUAAAAACAACACAUUACAAUGUAGAAUCAAUAGUACUUCCGACAUAUUUCAGUGACCAUGAGGGUAUUUUUUGUUCAUUUACAUGUAAUUCUUUUAACACUGAUGAGGAGGAAUCUGACCAGUUGUAGGUAAAUAUGUAAAUAUGGUUGUAACUGUUCAGCUUUGUUUG